AACAAGGCAAAAUUAAAGUGGCAGAAUUAUAAGAGCACGGAGGAUUCGAUUCGAGAAAUUCGACGUUUUCAAAGAAUUGGAAACUGGAAACUUCACUUCUGUUCGAAUUCAGAGGUUAAUUCUCGUUAAUUAGAUCAAUCAUGAGAACUCGAAAUGCCGAUUCCGCUUCCAAAUCCGCAACCCCUAAGAAGACGCCGCCGCCGCCGAGGAAAUCCCCUGCGGCAAAGCGCACCACCGCCACCAAAACCAGAGCCACAAAGAAGAACGAGGUUUCGCCCGCACCCGAUUCCAACCCCUAUCAAUCUCCUCUGGAGCAGGAAUCGUUAGGCAGUGCUAGCAGUGCAAAAUUUGUGAAAAAGAAGACUCCGGGGAGACCGAGAAGUAAAGCAAUUGAUACUCCAAAUUCGGAAGAGCAAUGUGAGGCAGUAACUGAUGAAACUCUGAUUGAAGAUGAUACUGAGGUGGUAGAGAAAGUGGAAGAUGUUGGAGUGGUUGGUGCAGGUAGUGUUGAGGGUGAGAAGGAGGGGGGACAAGGUGUUGGGUCUGUUGGAUUAUCUGACGAGACGGAAGGUAAGUCGAUGGAAGUGGAUGAACCUGUUGUUGAAAAGGUUUGCGAAUUGGUGGAAAAGGGAAAUGAUGUAAUGGAAGUUGAAGUAGCUGCUUCCCAGGAUGCUUCUGUUUCUUUCAAGCGACUGGGGCGACCCAUUGUGGAUCUCAAUAUAUCUGCGGAUAAUGAAGAUUGUACUGGUGAAAAGGAGGGAGAAAAAGGAAAGGAAGAGUUGAAAGAUCAAGAGUUGAAAGAACAGGAAGGAGAGAAAGGGAAGGAAGAGUUGAGAGAACUGGAUGCAGAGAAAGGGAAGGAAGAGUUGAGAGAACUGGAUGCAGAGAAAGCAAAGGAAGAGUUGAAAGAACUGGAUGGAGAGAAAGGUAAGGAAGAAUUGAAAGAACUGGAUGGAGAGAAAGGUAAGGAAGAAUUGAAAGAGCUGGAUGGAGAGAAAGGUAAGGAAGAAUUGAAAGAACUAGAUGGAGAGAAAGGUAAGGAAGAGUUGACAGAACUGGAAGGACAGAAAGGUAAGGAAGAGUUAACAGAACUGGAAGGGCAGAAAGGUAAGGGAGAGUUGACAGAACUGGAGGGACAGAAAGGAAAGGUUGAGUUGAAAGAACAGGAAGGAGACAAAGGAAAGGAAAAGUUGAAAGUGCAGGAGCUGGAGAAAGCAAAGGGAGAGGAAACAUACCUUUCUGGACAUAAAGAGAACACCAAGUCUUUUGGUGUAGAAGUUAAAGCCCAGAUGCAAAAAGAAGAUGCUAAUCCCAUUAAAGAUGAUGGUGAAGGACUACAGAGUUGUGAAAAGUACGAUCUUGGAGAACAAGGGAAGGUGGAACUUGUUGAAGAGGAUCCUGAGGAACCUCCAGAAGAAACUUUGGCAUUGGAGGAGGAACAUAGGGAAUUGGAGGCUAUUGCAAAUCAGCGAAAGAUUAAAAAAGAACAUGAAAUUUUUGUUGGUGGAUUGGAUCGUGAUGCUACAGAGGAGGAUCUGAGAAAGGUUUUUCAGAGGAUUGGGGAGAUAGUUGAAGUCAGGUUGCAUAAGAAUUCUUCAACAAAUAAAAACAAGGGCUAUGCUUUCGUGAAGUUUGCUAAUAAGGAGAAUGCAAAGAAAGCUUUGUCUGAAAUGAAGAACCCUGUCAUACAUGGUAAGCGGUGUGGCACUGCACCUAGUGAGGAUAAUGACACAUUAUUCUUGGGAAAUAUUUGCAAUACUUGGACCAAAGAAGCUAUUAAACAAAAGCUGAAGGAUUAUGGCAUUGAAGGUGUUGAAAGCAUUACACUUGUUCCAGAUGUUCAGCAUGAGGGCUUGAGCCGGGGCUUUGCAUUCCUAGAGUUUUCUUGUCAUGCUGACGCCAUGCUUGCAUUUAAGAGGCUACAAAAGCCUGAUGUUAUCUUUGGCCAUGCUGAGCGAACAGCUAAGGUAGCCUUUGCUGAACCCAUACAUGAACCAGACCCAGAGAUAAUGGCACAGGUGAAGUCUGUGUUUAUUAAUGGUCUCCCUCCACAUUGGGACGAGGAUCAUGUGAGGGAGCUGUUUAAAGCUUAUGGUGAAAUUGUAAGAAUUGUGCUAGCACGGAAUAUGUCUUCAGCUAAGAGGAAGGAUUAUGGAUUUGUUGAUUUUUCUACACAUGAAGCUGCUGUAGCUUGUGUUGAUGGCGUAAAUAAAUCAGAAUUGGGUGAUGGGGCAUCAAAGAUAAAAGUGAGAGCUAGACUUUCAAAUCCGCUGCCUAAAACACAGGCUGUCAAAGGUGGUAUGAGUGGUGGGUUCCGAAUAAGUCAUGCUAGGAGUGGAGCCUUUUCAAGACCAGGAAGGGGGUUUGGGCGGGGAAGACAGCCCUUCAACAACAGGGGAAAUUUCAACAGGGGCAGGAGUUUCUAUCGCGGUGGACACAGUCAAAUUGGAAGAAUGGGUUUUCGGGAUGACCAUGAUUUUAGUAUGCAUCCGGAUUUCCGUCAAAGGCAAUUUGGUCCACAAGGAGCUGUGAGGGGUGGACAUUAUGCAGGUAGCCGAGGUGCUGCAUUUGCGGGACCAUCUAGACCUUAUCAUGAUAGAGCAUGGUACGGUAUCCCUGAUGGAGGCCCUAGUGAGCCUAUUCCUCCAAGGAGGCCCUACUCCCCAGGUGGACAGUUUGACAUGCCUUUUAUGGGAAGGCAUUUUGAUGAUCCAUAUCUAUACGAUGACAAUAUGCAAGGAAUGAAACGGCCAUUUUAUAUGACUGACCCUGAGCCUGAUUACAUGGGGCCUACUAGACUACGUCCUCGAUUGGAUUAUGCAGAUCCACCUAUAUUUCCUGGAACUCAUCACCAUGAUUCUUUUGGGGCUGGCAGCAGACAGUACCCGCCGGACUAUUACGGUUCUGAUUAUGGUAGAGGUUCAUAUUCAUCUUAUUAUGGGGGUGAUGGCUCACAUGGGCAUGGAUACUAUUAUUAAUGUGAUGAAUCUUUUGGUGGAUCUGGAAUUGUGGGAUAGACAUCUUCAAAUAUAAGCUUGCGGCUUGAGCAUACAAGUCUGAAGUUGCAUAUUUAUUUUAUAUACUUCUCUGUUAUUCCUCUUCCACCUGGUUUGUUUCUAUAUAUCUAUAUCUAUUUGGGCAUAGGUGGUAUAGACUAAAUUGUUUAAUGAUAGUUGGGUAGGUUGUCUUUCAGGUCCUGGAGUAAGGUAUUAAUAAGAUUUAUAUGGAAUGGGCUAGAUUUUCUUUAACAACUUAGGUAUGAUGAGAUCAGGGACUUGUAUUUGAGGAUGCUUUGUUGAUUGUACAAUAUUAAUCUUUGACUCAUCAAAUAUAAAUUUGGUGAUUGGAAAGUUUAAAGGACUAUUGGAAGCAAAAAAUCUUUCCAGUGAUGGAUUUAUCUUUUUAUGAAGUGAUAGGCAAGGUUUGAUAUUUGAAUAUGCAUAUUGAGGCUCUUGUGAUUCCUUAUGGAUGACUUUUGGAGAGUUUAGCUACAGUUCACUUUCAUUAUUAGGAGCCAAUUUUGAUCUGAACUGAAAGCUUUACCAUAUUUUGGAGUUCUUUUGAUUGGCUGAGAUCCUUCUAAUAUUUAUUGAUAUCCAUACAGAAGCAGCCUUUUUAUAGAGAACUUUAUGUUUAUUGAAUUUACUGGAAGAUGAGACUAGGGACUAAAUACAGUGAAAGGCUGACUUUCAUUUGGCAUGAUGUUCAUGGAUAAUGUUAUGGUUACGGAGUAAAUGAUCUAUAUGAUUGAUUUGAUUCCUUA